ACAAAAUCUAAAAUGAGUCAAGAAACACCAGUUGAAAUCGAAUGGGAUUCAUUGGAAAAAUUAAAGAGAAACGAUUUACAAAGAUUAUGUAAAGAAUUAAAAUUAAAUAUAAAAGGGACAUCAAAAAAUUCAGAUUUAAUCGAUGCACUUUUAAAUUAUAAAAAUACAUUAUCAAAUACGAAUAAUAAUAAUGAUAAUAACAAUAACAGUAAAAAUAUUAAUGUUGAGCAAAAAGAAACACAACCUAAAAUUGUAAACAUUGUAGAUAAUAAACCGCCAAAAAAAAAUCAACAAGAAACAAACGAAAUGAAUGUAGAUAAAGAACAAGAACAAGAAAUGAAAGAAAUUGAAAAUCAUGGAGAGCAUGAAGAACAAGAAGAACAAAAAAAACAAGAACAAAAAGAACAAGAAGAACAAGAAGAACAAGAAAAGAAUGAGUCACAAAUAAAUAUUGACACACAUAACAACAAUAAUAAUCAUAGCAAUAAUGAUAUUAAUAAUGAAGAAAAUGAUAAUGGUAAUAAUGAAGAAGAAAUGAUUGGACUAAAGUUUAGAAAUUAUAUACCAAAAGAACCAACAUUAUUAAAAUAUAGGGUUGAAAAAGCUACAGUUCCACCAAUUGCAGAUGAAUUAAUGUCAAGAUUAAAAGUUUUAGAAACAAAUCCAGAUAUUCAAAUUUCGUUUAUACCUAAAAAAGUAAAUUGGGAUCUAAAAAGAGAUUGUUCAAAGAAAUUAAUGAAAUUAGAGAAACAAACCGAAAAAGCAAUUUAUCAACUUAUAAAGCAAAAACUAGGCAAAGAAGAAAUCAAUGAAUCAAAUGUUUAUUUAUUAUCAAAAACAAUGGAUAAAAUUAAUAGUCAUUAA